UUGAGGUUUGAGGGAGGUGAGCUCAGUCCAGGCUGGCGUGGGUUCGUUUCCGGCCAGCCUCGCAAUCUCGCCUUUUUCCCUUUGGUUCCCCAUGGUCCCCCCUCCCUUCCGUCCAUUCGAGCUUCCAAUUCGUUCCUUGACCGGGCAGCCCGUAGUCGGUUCUGUCCCUUUCGUUCUCCCACGACACCCCCCUCAUUCUUCGAUUCUGCCGUGUGUAUUAUUAACCCUCCCCAACGGGGGUUUCAAGGGAAAAAGGCCCCCCCAGAAAAAGAAAAAGAAAAGAGGGAAAAAAGAAAACAAGCCCUUGAAGCUCAUCCCAAGGACAACUAACUACUACUACCCAGCACCGACUCCCCAGAACCUGGACGGGUGGGAGAAAAAAUUCCACGCCAUUCCCUUUUCACUCUGGGUCUUGGACGCGCCGCUUGAAUGGCCCAUCCGUGGCUUUAGCCUCUGUCUCUCUCUCUCACUCACUCACGCUCUCCCUCCCUCCUCUGAUCCUCGCUUCUCUCCCUCUGGCUCUCCUUUCUUCCUCUUCACUUGUCUUCCCUCACCUCUUCCCGAUUCACCGUCUCAUCUCUCGACUCUCUCUUUCGUCCACCUUUCGUCAUACCAUUCACCUCUUCCCUCCGACCUAUCUUCCUUUUCUAGUCUUUGUCCCCCUACUGCUAACCCUCCUUACGAGCAUCAUCCUUCUUUGGUCUCUCCACCUUCUCUCUUCACCUCGUAUCCUUCGGUCUCCUUGUUCCUCCAUGCGAUUCGUGGCCCGUCUGCCUAUUCCCAAUCAUCGGUUACCGAUCCUCGAUCUCCUGCUUUCCAACGGUCGCACGCGCCACCGAGGAAGACGACUCUACUGAGACCUCGAACAACCUGUCCCUUGUCGAAUCCUCUAAUUCGAACAUAAUUCUCCACAACCACACGAUCCUUCCGUCGCUGAGCAACCGAAAGUCGCUUGUCACCUCGUGCGAUUUCAUUCCUUUGUGGAUCAUUCUUCGAUAGAGGGCGGCACAUUGUGGACUUCAUCGUCCGGCACCAUCGGUUCUCUAGGUAGACCAUCCAUCUCGUCACUGUUGACUGUCGUGGGAGUCUAGGCCAGGCGACAUAUACCAGUGGACGACAGGUGAUAUGCGUGCUGGGAUCUGACAGGUUCCCUCAACCCGUUGGUCCUCUCGAACCACAACAGCGCAUUUUU